AUGGUCAUUUUGAUGUUAGGACCGAGAAAAAUCGAUGUUCAAACUUCAUCGGAUUUUGUCUGUGGUGCUUGUUGGGAAGAUAAAAGAAGAAAAAAAAAUUUAAAAAUCAACGAUGAUCAUUGCAAUGAGAACGCGGCAUUAAAUUUCAAUCAACUUUCAAUAAGACAAAUAGACGGAAUAUGA